UUUCUGCGCUAUUUUCCGUCGGAGCCUCUUCAAACUGGCUAAAAUGCUGAACUGCAGCGGACGUUCCACGUUUUCGGCUUUCAGUUUCGGUUUAUUGGGUACAUGUCUCCAAACGCAUUGCUAGUGGAUAUCUCGUGGAUGUAACUUCCUGUGGUGUGAUGAGCCACCAGCAGCAGCAGUUCCACCAUCACCACCAUAACUUCCAUCCGGGGCAAUUGGAAUCGCAACUGGAGCGACGCAACUCCCCCGACUUGGAGCAGAAUAGCAACAGGAACACAGACCGCAUUGGCUCCUCAAUGGAUUUUCGAAACCUCUGCCAGCGCCUGGAUGUAGAUAGUUUGAGAGCCAAGUUGCCCCAACUGAAGUUGCCCAAAUCGCUGCCCAAGUUGCGCGGUCGCAAGAUCUUCCGCAGCUCCAAGAGUGGCCCAGAUGCACCAGGACGAUCCUCGAAGGAUGCCGGAGGAGGAGGAGCACCGCAGCAAUCGCACCUCCAAGUGGCGGGAGCCCAGUCGCAGCAGUUUAUCAACAGAACGCCCCAGAGGAUCUCCACGAUCAGUUCGCUGAUGUACGAGGGCGAGCAGGAGGAAAUCCGGGUGGGACAACUGGGAAGAUCGCAGCCGGGAACGUACAGAAGUGCCGGAAGCCUCGAUGACGACUACUAUGCUCCUGGCAGCGGCGACAGAGCUUCGCGACCCAUUAGUCCCAUCAAAAUAGCAGAUGACUCUCCGCCCCCUGGAAACACGGGGACCUCUACAUUGACCCAGCGAUUGCAGAGGGGCUACAAGAGCCUCAGCGAACUGAGGCUCAAGCACAUCUUCGCCAAGCAGACGACGGUGAGGAGGGACAACAUCGAGGUGGAUCGCUAUGUGGAGCAAUACGAGCGGGAACUGAAGUCGGAGAAAUUGGCCAGGGAGCGCAGGGAUCGGGAAAUAGCCGAGAACUAUGACAUUAAGAUCAGAACUUUGGUGGCCACUCGGCAGAACACCUUCGAUGAGGACGAGGUGGAGCACGAGCAGUUCGAGAAGGGCAAGAGCGGGAACCAUGAGACGGAUGAGAGCGGGAUGGAGACCACCCCGCCGUUGCCGAGUCGCCGGAAACCAGGUAUAGCUGCCACCAGAUUCGCCAAGGUGCGAAAGCCUCCCCUGGAAAUGGAAGAGGCUGGGAAGGAGCAUGAGGAUCAGGAAGCACCACCAGCUCGACAGCGUCCCAGUAGCUAUAAGCAGUUGCUCACCAAGCUGCCCCACCAUCUGCCAAGUCUACCGAAUCUCUCGCAGUUCUCCAGGAGCAAGGAGGAGGCUUCCUCUAAGACCGCAGAGAGUGCUGGAGCUAGGGAAAGUAAUCCAGGCUCUAUGUUGGGCAUAAAGCAGAACAUCAAGAGACUUCGAAAGUCCAUCAAACGACCGGCCAAAACUAAAACUAAGGCCACAAGAGCAGCUGGGGAUUCAGAUGAAGAAAAAGACGGAGAACUGGAGGAGCAGGAAGUUGCUCCCAAACAUCCACCUGGCAGGAGCUCCACAUCCAAUCUGCGCGCUCGUCUCAGUCGUUUUGCCUCCACCGAGCAACUGCAGCAGCGUUGGCGGAAAAGCUUCAAGGAGCGAGCACCCAAGGAGCCCAAGGAGGGAGCCAAUGUGGAUCCAACUGGAGCCGCCACUGGAGUCCUUGGAGGCCUCCUACAGGGCUCCCAGCUGGAGAAGACCCUGGCCAAGCUCAACGAGAAGAUGCACCAGCUCAAGUUUUUUCAGCAGCACUCCAACGCCAAUGAAAACCCAGUUAAGCCAGAGCGAGAACCCAAACCGAACACUGUGGGACACGAGCCGGUGGAGCUCGAUGACGAUGAGGAACUGGAGGCCACCUACCAUCGCAGCGAUAGCCUCGAUGAUGAGGAGGAGCAGAAUGAUGACAGUGGCGAGGAUAUAUCCGCUGAGGAGGCAUUUGGCCAGAUCCAGGAGGAGCAUAAGGAGGAGGAUGCGAGGAAGAGGGCAUCCCUAUCGGGAACUGCGACCACCCACGCUGCUCGCCAAAUGGCAAAGCUGGCGAAGAUUCAGGCAGCGUCGAAGGGCGGAGCAACCGCCUGGAGCAGCGAGUCGCUGGAGGAGAUGGCCGAGGACGACUACCCGCGGGUGCUCAUCCAUCAAGAGCACUCCGAUACGUACGAAUCCACGCUGAUCAUAGCAAUGUCCUCGAAAGCCGGAUCCGUUUCCCCUUCUCCCUAUCCUGAGAUCAAGAUUUCAUCUUCCUGUUCCCCCACUCCGAGAUCUCCAUCGCCGGAAUUCAAGACCCCCGCCGGCGGCAGCAACGUUUGGUUGCCCAACGAGCAGAUCAUCGCGAGCUUCAAGGAGCACAUCCCCUCCCCAUCCUGGCCAGCUCCUGCUCUGUACAAGCCGAAGAGCAUUGAUAUAUUCGAGGCAUCAGCUGGGGGAUCAUCGGCUGCCUUCGCCGACUUCGAUGAGGCACUCCGAAAUGCCCCGGUUUUGAGGAUCAGCGCUGGCAGUAGCAUCGACACCAGUGGCGAGGAGGCCGACGAUAGCAGUUCCCGGGUAACAAGAAUACGGGUGCAAAGUCCACAGAUUGGGAAUAGUAGGGAAAGCCUUAUGGCCCAGGAGGAGGAGGAGGAUCGAUAUUCGGAUGAGGAAGAAGAGCAAGAGGAGGAGGAUGAGGAUGAGGAGAGGAAUGCCUCGGAGCGACCGCCGUCGGAGUCGCCACCACCGCCGCCACUCCCACAGCGACGUCCGCCUCCCAAGCGCCCAGCUACCCCUCCCAUUUACGAUGCAGUGCCUCCGCCUUUGCCCAUCAGCAAGCCACCAACAGCUCCUCCGGCCGAAACCGCUCCUCUGGGGGCACCUGUCCCUGCUCCUGCUCCUGCUCCAGCUCCGGCUCCAGAUCCCACUCCCAUCAGCAGGGGAAUCCCCCAGAGAAGCGCCUCCAUGUCGAGACCGGCCAAGCCGCUGGUCAAGACCAGCUCCCUGCGACUCACCUACAACGAGCAGGUGCGUCCCGGUGAUGUGGGCAAGGUCAACAAGCUGAUAUCUCGCUUCGAGGGCGGCAGGCCACGCCUUUGUCCGCGGAGGAUGCACAGCGAGGGCGAGGAGUCCCAGGAGGAUGUGCCAGAGAUGGGGCGGAUCCUAGAGCUCCAAAUAACGGAAAAGAGAGCCGUGGACUCGGUGACCCCGACGAAUCGGGCUGUGGUUGUCAUACCACAAAUUACUCUCAACAACAACAACAACAACAAUAACAACAACGAAUCCGAUAAGGACGAUGAGCUGGCCCAGAGUGGCAGGAAAAGGAAAUCCAUGGAACUAGCUCUGGACCGCCAGAACUCCAACUGCAGCCGAUCCGAGUACGGCUCGCCCCUUUCCUUCCCCAGCAGCCGGCGAAGUUCCACGCCCACGAACACCACCACUUCAACUCCGAAUCUCGGCUCCAAUCCCAACCAGAACCUGCAGCAUCAACGACGCAGCCGACGAUCCAUGACCCGCGAUGAUGACAAUUUCUAUAGCUUCGAUAGCGACGAAGAGAACAGCUACUACUCCAUAAGUCCCUCAGGCAGCAGCCGCUAUGUGGUGGAGAUCUAAGCGAAAUAGGAUUAAAUAUAAAAUUUGAGUGCUUUCAAAACAUUAAAAAACUGUAUCAAUACAAAAUUAUUAAUACAUCAACCAUUGAAAAGUUAAAAACAAAAGUUAAGCUAAUCAAGCGUAGUUUCAGACCUUACAUUUUUUAAAUUAAAUAUCAAAUAAAAAAAAGGAACGUUAUCAAUGUUUGCCCAAAUCUCCAACCCAUCAUUUUUUUUGUUUAGCUUAAGCUUUUAUUUAACAAACAAAGUACAACUUGUAUAACUUAAAAACCAAAAUAAACAAGCGAUAUAAGUAUCGCACAUGUACGAGCAAGUAA